GCCUUAAUUUAGUGUCUCCAAGGCUAAUCAACGUGGAUUUCUCAUUUUUUAUUAUCCUCGCAUAUAACGUAGAUGAUUAUUAUAAGGAUAUUAUAUAGUAUUAUAUUACUAACGAUCCACUAAUUUAGCACACAGUUGUUGACUAUAAGUAGUAGGUAUAACGUGGGAGAUUAAUAUAGUAGAAUAUUGUCAUAUCACUUAUGAAGUAUGAACCGAUCCACCAAUGUAGCCAGUCUUUAAUAGACUAUAAAAAUACAUUAGUAAUAUACAGAAAUAUUCUAGACUAUAAAAUAGUAGACAUUGAUGAAACCAUCAUAAUACAUUAGACUUCUUUGAAGAUUGACGAGCUCAUUAAUGGCUACAUCUUACGUUCAGCUUCUGCUUCUUGUUCUCGCAUCACUCCUCUUCUUACGGGCUUUGUGCGCUGUUGAUUUUGGGUACUGCAAUAAAAAUGGAUACGAUUACGGUAACUUCAGUCGUGUAGAGAUCUCUCCGAACCCGGUUGGACCUGAAGACAACUACCUAAACAUUACUGUAUCUGGUUAUGCAAGCAAACAAAUGAACAAUGUAACUAUAGAAGUGUACGCAAAAUCAAAGAAAACUACUGACCUUCUAGGAGGAUACUCUAUCUGUAAGGUGGGUAAUGCAUGCGUAAUUAGAUCUGGCCUCUGUUUUAGUCCUGAAUGCUCUAUUGAAGCUCGCACCAAGUUUGUGUUACCUAUUCCCAAAGUUCAAGUGGAUGACCUUGAGGAUGACUUCAAAUAUGUCGUAUCUCUGCUUGAGGACGAUCUCGUCAACUCUUCUGACUAUGAUGAAAAGUUUAUAGAAAGAAUGUGUGUUGACUUCGUUGUACCUAUGUCGGAUUCCACAUUGGACUCUGCUUAAUCAAGUCGGUGGGUGGAAAAUAUGUUAUCAAGCAUUUUUAUGAGUUUUUUCGACAUACUCGCUUGUCUUCCCCCUUUCUUAAGUGUGUUUCAAAUAACUAAUACCGAGUUCUGGUACUUUAUGUUGUAAUUUUGGUUUGCUAAUACAAAGAGUUCACUCCAAUGCACACUAGAUUAGAAAACAAUCGAACAAAAAGAAAACUGUAGACUCAACCUUUAGCUCGUUCAACCUAACAGCCUAUCAAUUGAUAUCCACAAGUGUGUCAACCAAAAGUAAAACAAAUUUAGAAAAUAACUCCUUUAUCAUGUGUUCCGACUAAAUAUAUUACUCAUGUAUGUAACUUAGUUCAAAAGAGUAUCUCGUAGAAUUUACUUAAAGCACUAUUUUAAUUUUAAUUUCAGUUGAAC